AUGUCGAGUUCGGACCUUUUGCGAUUCGCCCAAAUGUCUUCUUGUCCUAAAUUCAGGGUUGAUACCCCGUUGUGGUGGGUACAACGCCAUCAGCGACGGUAUGACUCCGCCGGAGGCCCGGGGCUGCCACGUAACUUGAAUAUGACACUCCAGACCAAUCGGAAGUUGUUCGAAGAGCCAACAGAGCGGAUUUCGUUCGACAUGAGUUGCCCAAGCAUGGAUAAGCCCGCAACGUGCGACGGGAAAGCCCUGCUCACUGUGUCCUAUGCCGAUGUCGACACUGGUGCACGUCUUGUGGCGACCACGGAGACACUUAAUGAAAAGGAGGGAGUGCGUAUUCGACAAAAAAUCGAUCGCCAUAUCAUCCCGCUCAUGUGCAUCCUUUAUUGGGUGCAGUACAUGGACAAGGCAACACUCGGAAGUUCUUCAAUUCUCGGAAUCAAAGAGGCCACUCAUCUCAAUACGGACGAAUAUAAUUGGUACUCCGCUAACCCUUCCUCCGAGCUGGAGCUUACACCUGGUCUGCAAGGCUCAAACCUCGCACUCCAACGAUUCCCCGUAGCAAAGUGGCUUAGUCUCAAUAUAUUUAUCUGGGGUGUUGCAUUGUGCGCGCAUGCUGCCUGCACAAGCUUUCGUGGACUAUUGAUUGCGCGAAUUGUAUUGGGUGUCUGUGAAGGAUCAAUCACCGCCGGAUUUCUCAUCGUAACUUCGAUGUUCUACACGCGUCGCGAGCAGACAAUCCGCACAGGCUACUGGUUCUUGAUGAAUGGUGCAGCGCAGGUCAUCUCCGGAUUCAUUUCGUUUGGCACACUGCAUAUCAAGACCGGUCACUUCGAGCCAUGGCAGUGGCUUAUGGUGAUCACCGGCGCGUUCACAGUCAUCACCGCUGCUGCCUUUUGGUUCCUAUUCCCAGAUUCGCCUGCUACGGCGUGGUUCUUUACACCCGACGAACGUGCAAAAGCAGUCCUGCGAAUCAAAGAAAAUCAAACUGGCAUCGAGAAUAAGCGUUUCAAGAAGGAGCAGAUGCUCGAAGCGUUUCUCGAUCCAAAAACAUGGCUUUUCGCGGCCUUCUCCGCGCUGACGAAUGUACCAAACAGCCUCAGCAACCAGAAGGCACUCAUUGUGCGCUCGUUCGGCUUCUCGCCGCUGCAGACGACCUUGCUCAGCAUGGUCGACGGCGCCGUCGAAAUAACGACAAUUCUGAUUGGUGUCAACGUUGCCGCUCGGACGGGUCAACGGGCUUAUACUGCCGUCGUGUGGAAAGUCCCAAACAUUGUAGGCGCAGUGCUGAUCAACACGCUGUCGUGGAACAACAAGAUCGGCCUGCUGUUUUCGUUCUGGAUUGUGGGAUGGGGUACUACAGCAUUUGUGAUCGCUGUUUCGUGGCUUAACAUCGUCACUGCUGGACACACCAAACGUGUGACGACCAAUGCCAUUCUUCUUAUUGCAUAUUGUGUUGGCAACGCUGUAGGCCCUCAAAUGUGGAAGGACCGCUACAAGCCUCGUAAUCACGUACCAUGGAUCGUCUGCAUCGCAUGCUUUGUGAGCUGCAUGCUUCUUCUUCUUGCUAUUCGUGCACUGCUCGCGAAGGAGAACAAGCGCCGCGAUGCACAACCGCCGUCUACUUUGUAUGACCACGUCUACAUUGAGGACAAGGACGGCGAGGGGAAGCUCAAGGUCGACAAGGCAUUCUUGGACCUUACUGACCGGCAAAAUCAUGAGUUUCGCUAUGCGUUGUAA